UUAUCUUUGUAGUUUUUAAAUAAAAAUAGAUCACAAUACACUUUCAAAACAAAGAAGAAAGUGAUGAAAGUAGUGGUCCAAAUUUGUGAGUAGUGAUUAUGUAGACUGUUGGACAUAAAUUAGUGAUUGAGCCUCAUUUAUCAUCAAUUUUUUAAUUUUUAGAAAAUAGAACAAUUUUUAUCUUAAAAUCAUAGUUAUGAUUAAUUUAACUAAUGUUGAUGCUAGUUCAUCACCUAAAGAAUUAAUACAAAGUAUUUUUUCGUCUCCAUUGAUUGGUGCAACAUGCUCACAGGCAGCAGAAGAAUUAUGCUUAAAAAACAAUUUGACUUUUGUACAAUUAAUGCAACCUUUUUCAAAGAUAUCAACCGAAGCACAUUUUCGUGACAGCAGUGGAGUUUCUGUAUCUGUUCGAGGACUUCGAUUAAAUAUUUGUGAUGUUGAUUAUCGACCACCUCAGACGUUACUUGCACGAAAAAUGCUUAAUGAAUCGGUUUCAAAUAAUACGGAAGUUGAGAAAAUGCGUGAGAUUAAACUUGCAAACCAAUCCGAAACUAUACAGAUACCAGAAAAGAGUUGUUGGUACGAUAAAUGGCGAGAAGUCUUCUUUUCUGUCCAAUUUCCAUCUGAUCAUGAGUUUACACGUCACAUACUCGCAUGUCUUAUAGUUGUUUCAAGCAGUGAUUCUAAUCCAGUUGAGCAAGCUAAUCACUUGACCAAGAAAAUUAAAAUGAUGCAAAAUAUUACUCCUCCAAAAUUACCAAAAUGGAUUUCUGCAACAUCUGAUGAUGCUUUAAACUGUUACGUCAUGUUACAUGAUGGAUCAACAGGCGAUAUCUCAAAAGCACAACAAGCUUUUGAAAAUUUAAAGGGAACUUUUGGAGACAAUCGUUGCUUUCUCAUCCAAAUAAACUCUUUGAAGGAAUCAAAUAACACACAAACUGAUUAUUGGAUCAAGUUUAUGACAAAUUAUCAAAAGAAUGAAACUGAAGCAAAUAUUGAAAGUCUACCGAAAACACCACAAGACAUUACACAAAUGCCUAAUACAAUACAAAUAACUGAGCCAAAACCCAUUCCAAGUUCGCCACCUGAAAUGAUCCAUCCCCUGAGCCCAUUACAAGAAUCGAUUCCAGACAUGUUAAUUCCACAAACGACUUUAAAAAUGUCAUCAAGUACAAACAGUUUGAGCGAUCAAAUCCAAAAUAUUAAUCCCAAUGUGUGGCUAAAUGAGCCAACAGAAAUUAAUGUACUUCAUGGUGGAUUUCUUGGUAGUAGCGAUUUAGAUAAUUUAAAGCACUUUGUUCAAGAUUUUACAAUUAGAUCUUUGAUUCCGUAUGUCGAAAGAAUUGUUGGGCAACUCAAUGAUUCUAUUGCCAAUAAGAAGAGUGUUAGUAAAAGCUUGCUGGGCGCGACCAAAAGGUGGUUUAAUACAAAUAAGCCUGGAGUUGCACCUCAAACUGCUGUAAUUUAUACAUCAGACUCGACUGAAUUGCAAACACGAAAAUUGGGAGAUUUAUAUUUCAUGUUUGGAAAUUAUAAUUUGGCUUUUCAGGCAUAUCAUCAGGCAAAGCGAGAUUUUUAUGCUGAUUCUGCUUGGCAAUUUUAUGCUGGAUCUUUAGAAAUGGCUGCUCUUGCUGCAUUCAUGCAAGGCACUGCUAAUCGAAAGACAUAUGAUUAUAUGGAGGAGGCAAUAACAACAUAUCUGACUGUUUGCCGUCUUCCGCAGUUUGCUACACGUGCGACAGUUUUAAGCAUCGAAUGCUUAAAAACAGCACAGCUUUAUGUUGAUUCUGCUAAACAGUUAACACGUAUGACAAGUGAAGAUGCAGAUUUGAGAUCAGCAUUGUUAUUAGAACAAGCUGCAUAUUGUUAUCUCUACGCUCAGCCACCUUAUUAUCGCAAAUAUUCAUUCCAUUCGGUUUUAUCUGGACAUCGUUAUACGAAAGCUGGUCAAAGAAAGCAUGCAUUUCGAAUGUAUAAGCAAGCAGAGCAAGUAAUAUCAAAUAGGGGCUGGAAUUUAGCUGAAGAUCACAUUCAAUAUACAAUAAGUAAGCAAGCGAUAGCAUUAAAGAGAUUAGAAGAAGCGAUAGAAUGUUUAUCGCAUCUUUUACGUCCAACUAGUCUCCAAAAUUCUCAACAGCAAUCUGGUUUUCUACGUGAAUACAUUACAACAAUGAAAGCUUUAAUUUCUCAGUCAAAUAAUGAUGACUUGUUAGCAAUAUCACUACCAUGUUUGAAUCAAACGUCCGUUCGUAUUCUUGUUACGUCAAUUUCUCCAGACAGAACUGAACGAGAAGUUGCUGCAAGUAAUAUCGACAUCAAUGGAAGUUUAGAAGAAUCAUGGAUGUGGACCAAGCUUGAAGAAAUGUUGGUCCAAUCUGCUGCAAAAAAGCAAAUAAUGAUGUUUAAACCGUCUCGAUCAUUAUAUUGUGGCGAAACUCCGUCAAUUGAGCAUCCUUUGUGCAUUUUUGGGGAACCGAUACACAUGUCUUAUGAGCUUGAAAAUCCAAUUAAACCUUCCGUCUUGUUUGAAAACGUAACUUUACUUUGGGAAUUCAAAAAAGAUAGUGGCGAAUUGUUUUCUAAUCGUGGAUUCUUUAAGAAUGGAGAGUAUAUACCGAAUGAGAGUGUCGUAAAAUGCACAAUGAUUGAAUCCAUAGAGUUUGGAGAAUAUGAAAAGAAACAGAUUCACAUGACAAUAACAACCGAGUUUGUUGGAUACUUGAGAAUAGUAGGUAUUGUUGGUAGAAUUUCAUCGGUCACUGACAAAAUUCAAAUUUGGGGAAAGAUAAACUUUAAUAAGCUUCCAGUUAAGAUUGAAGCGAAUCCAGCAAAACAGGAUUAUGAUCGAAAGCUUGAGAUUCAAAUAUUACCGUCAUGCACUGCAAUGAAGGUUCGAUUUACAGAAUUCCCAAAAGAAGCAUUGACGGGUGAAAUUUUCGAAGCAUCAAUGGAAAUUUAUAAUUCAGGAAAUAGUCCAAUAUCUGAAAUUUAUAUAGCAUCAAAUAGUCCAAAAGAGAUCAUUAUUAAAACAAGUGAAAAGUGUGAAGUUCCAUUGUCGUUUGCAAAAGAUUUCCGUGAUAUAACGAAUGAAACAUUCAAUAAGGAUAAGGAAGCUAGACGACAAUUUGUGAUGAAACUCAUAGAUAGUAAAGACGGUGAUAACUUAUUACAUCCUAACGAAAUUAAAAGAAUUGGAUUUUAUAUGCAAGCUCCUUUCAAAAAGGGAAAAAAGUCAAUCAAAAUACUUAUUUAUUAUAAUGUACCCGACAACUACCCGAAACUUAAAUACCGUUUGGUUCGACACGAGAUAUUCCUAAAUGUUAAUGAUUGUCUCAAUGUUGAGAGUAAUUGUAACAUAGCAGAUGAGGUGUCUGGAGAUGUCGGAAUUGAUGUAGCAGCCAAGAAUCUAAACCAAACUCAUCAUCUGUAUAGUAUUAACGUUUUAUUAGGAGAUUUAUUCAUUUAUUGCGAGACAUUUUCUUUAAAUGCUGAUAAAGUUUAUUUUGUCAACAAUUCAAUAGUUAAGGAAACAAAAGACAAAUCUGAAUUGUUACCAAAUGAAUCACUUAGCCUUCGUUGCAUGCUAGACAAAAAGGAGCAGACCAAUCUAAAGAAAGUGGACAUUGCGGCUGUGUUCAAAGAAAAUUUAUCAUUUUAUUGCAUACGAACUUUAAGUGAACUUAAGAAUGAAAUCUUUCAAAUGCAACGGACCGACAACUUUAUGCUUAAGCAUAAAACAAAAUAUUUUCCAUUUACUCAACAAAAUAUAACUAAUGAUGAUUUAAAUACAAUAGUUCAAGCAAACAAUAGACACAUGACGAUCUGUUUAAAUUGGAAAGCGUCAAUUAGUGAUAACGGAAAGUUUCUAAGAAACGCUUUUGGACAGCAUUUUGUUCAAAUUGAUCAUCUUUUCGAAUCAUAUUAUUGUCCCCCACGAACACGUGAAAUCGGAUCAUUCAUCCUGCAAGAGGAAACUUUUAGCAUUUAUGAUUUUCAAAAGUAUUUGGAAAUGAAUUCCAAGUCACAGAAUGCAAACGAUGAAUGGAGUGAAAAUACUAGAAUGGUUAGUCAUAGAUGCUUCCUUGAACCACAUGAAGUCGUUUAAAAAAAUAUUUUUAAUUACUAUAUCCUUGCAAAAUUGAUUAUAGAAUAUUAAUAAAGUAUUCAAUGAAACAGAAAUAAGAAGAACUAUUAAGUCUUGCAUAUCAUG